ACUGUUGCCAUCGGUGACUGUCAGAAGCGAGUCAGCGAAGCAGGGAAAGGAAGGGGGCGUUAACCACUGCAUUAAUUUACAGUCGAUCUCUCAAAUACCGACACCUAUUUAAUUUCAAAACCUACAUACCAACAAAAAAUAAGAAUUUUCGUAUAUAUUCUUGUGAAGGGUAGAAGAGGGAGCCAUGGCGAAGCGGCAGGACACCAAGAAAUUCUUUGAGAAUCUUUCCGGUGCUGGAAAAUCCAUCGGCGUUCUGACAAGCGGAGGAGAUGCUCAAGGUAUGAAUGCUGCUGUACGGGCUGUGGUCCGCAUGGGUAUUUAUGUGGGAGCUAAAGUCUACUUCGUCCAUGAGGGUUACCAGGGUAUGGUAGAUGGUGGGGAUAAUAUUGAAGAGGCAUCAUGGGAAAGUGUCUCCAGCAUGCUGCAAGUGGGUGGCACAGUCAUUGGCAGUGCCCGCUGCAAGGAGUUCCGCAGCCACGAGGGGCGUCUGAAGGCUGCUCACCACCUGGUGCAGCGUGACAUCACCAACCUGUGUGUGAUCGGAGGGGACGGCAGUCUCACUGGGGCCAACCUCUUCAGAGAGGAGUGGAGCGGACUACUGGAGGAACUGGUCCAGCAGGGUCUGAUUGAUGAGAAGGCUGCCCAGAACAAUUCAGAGCUACACAUUGUGGGAAUGGUGGGCUCCAUCGACAACGACUUCUGUGGCACUGACAUGACAAUCGGGACAGACUCUGCCCUGCACAGAAUCAUAGAGGUGGUGGACGCAAUCAUGACUACAGCCCAGAGCCACCAGAGGACGUUUGUGCUGGAGGUCAUGGGAAGACAUUGUGGGUACCUGGCCCUAGUAAGUGCUCUGGCCUGCGGGGCUGACUGGGUGCUGAUCCCUGAGAUGCCCCCUGAGGACGGGUGGGAGGAACAGAUGUGUCAGAAACUGUCUGAGAAUCGUGCAGAUAAGAAACGGCUCAAUAUCAUUAUUGUAGCAGAGGGGGCGAUAGAUUCUCACAACAAGCCUAUCACUACAGACCAUAUUAAGGAACUGGUUGUUAGCUGUCUGGGCUUUGACACCCGAGUCACCAUCCUGGGUCACGUCCAGAGAGGAGGAACCCCCUCUGCCUUUGACCGGAUCCUGGCCAGUCGUAUGGGAGUGGAGGCGGUCCUGGCCCUGUUGGAGGCGUCAGCCAGCACACCGGCCUGCGUAGUGUCUCUGUGUGGGAACCAGGCUGUCCGUCUGCCCCUCAUGGAGUGUGUUCAGAUGACACAAGACGUCCAGAAAGCCAUGGACGAGAAGAAUUUUGAGGAAGCUGUGAGACUGCGUGGCAGGAGUUUCGAAAACAACCUGAACACCUACAAACUCCUGUCUUACCGGAAAGCAGACUCUGAACUCCCAAAUAGCUCCUUCAACGUGGCGGUGCUGAACGUGGGUGCCCCAGCUGCGGGCAUGAACGCAGCUGUCCGCUCGGCCGUCAGGGUGGGCAUCACCGAGGGGCACAAGAUGUUCGCCGUUAACGACGGCUUCGAGGGAUUCUACAAGGGACAGAUAAAGGAGAUUAAAUGGGGAGAUGUAGGUGGUUGGACUGGACAAGGGGGGUCCAUACUGGGAACAAAGAGAACCCUUCCAGCGAAGCAUCUUGAUAAGAUCGCUGAACAAAUCAGGAUACAUAACAUCAAUGCUUUGCUUGUUAUCGGUGGAUUUGAGGCCUUCCUGGGAGUCAUGGAACUGUCCGCUGCCCGGGAGAAAUAUAAUGAGUUCUGUGUCCCCAUGGUUAUGGUCCCUGCCACGGUCUCCAACAAUAUACCGGGCUCUGACCUCAGCAUUGGCGCAGACACAGCUUUGAAUGCUAUUACUGAUGCGUUUGAGUGUCUGCUGCAGCUCUAUGAGGCCCGGACCAGCCAUGAGGACUUUUGCAUCCCGAUGUGUGUGCUGCCUGCCACCAUUAGUAACAAUGUGCCUGGUACUGAUCUGAGUAUCGGGGCAGACACUUCCCUCAAUGCCAUCGUGGAGACAUGUGACCGCAUCAAGCAGUCUGCCAGUGGGACCAAGCGGCGUGUGUUCAUCAUUGAGACCAUGGGGGGGUACUGUGGGUACCUGGCCAGUGUCGGGGGGCUGGCUGCGGGGGCUGACGCUGUCUACAUCUAUGAGGAACCUUUCGACAUCAGAGACCUCCAGUCCAACGUCGAGCAUUUGACAGAGAAGAUGAAGACGGGCAUCCAGAGGGGCUUGGUGCUGAGGAAUGAGAACUCCAAUGAGAACUUCACCACAGAUUUCAUCUACCAGCUGUACUCUGAGGAGGGGAAAGGAGUGUUCGACUGCAGGAAGAAUGUCCUUGGACAUAUGCAGCAGGGAGGUGCUCCUUCCCCAUUCGACAGGAACUUUGGAACGAAGAUUGCAGCCAAAGCAAUUCAAUGGAUUUCAAGAAAGCUCAAGGAGUCAUAUAAAGAAGGGAAGGUGUUUGCUAACACAGAGGACACUGCCUGUUUGCUGGGGAUGCGUCGCAGAGCCAUGGUCUUCCAACCAGUGGUGCAGCUCAAAGACCAAACAGACUUUGUCCACAGGAUCCCUAAGGAACAGUGGUGGUUGAAGCUCCGCCCCCUGAUGAAGAUCCUGGCUAAAUACAAGACCAGCUACGACGUGUCUGACUCUGGCCAGCUGGAGCAUGUGACCCGGGUCAGGCCCAAGAAGGUGGACUGAACUGACCAGCACAGUCUGGAUAGGCUAAGUCUUUAGAUUGGAUCAGCUCAGAGCAGACCAGCCCUUUCACUCAGUCCCAUACUCAUAGCUACUUAGGGCUCAAUUGCCCACCCUUCUUCUGAAGUAUGCACUUGUACACUUUCUCAUAUGGAUUUUACACUGGUAGAAACUGCUUACACCAAUCCUAUGCUUUUAAAUUCAUGAUGGGCAGUGUGCAAGUGCACACUUUUGGAAAAGGGUGGAGAACCAGGAUGUAGACCUAGUCUACUCCCAUAGGUGCUUCUUCCCUCUCCGUCUUCUUCUAAAGGGAGAGCUGUUUAUCCCGCCACCUACUGUAGGUCUACUCCAUUGUUACGUUGUGUUGUCACUCCGUACUUGCACUUUGUAUCAAUCCUGGGUUGGCAUCUAAGAGUAGGUCAUGUUAGUUCCGCUGCUGUAUUUUGUGGCUUAGUUGAGGAUCUGUUUGUGAAACCCAUUUGAAUGUUAACUCACUGUGUGAUCAGAGUGUUUUCUCCAAGUAUUAAAGAAUGUUUAUUGUGAUGACAA